UGAUAAAGAAAUUGAUUUACAAUUAGAUGAAGUUAAUGUAAAUGAUAAUCAAAAUGUUGAAGCUGAAAAGCAAACUGAUAAGCCUGUGAAAAUUUUUGAUAGUAGUAAAGAAAUUGAUUUACAAUCAGCUAAAGUUGAUGUGAAUGAUAAUUAUUUAUUUAAACUAAAAAGAUAUUCUUUAAAGUCACAUAAUGCAGAUAUCAAUAAUGAAAGAGAAUAA